AAUUCCAUCCCCAGUAGUUCUGUGGGUGGGCGCUGUAUAAUUGCAUUGUUUGGACUGGGAUUUGCCAUUGGUCCAAACGAGAUUUGGGCAGGCGUGGACAGAAGGAAGGUGAAAAUUCUUGAACGAUCUCACGAGAAAACAUGAGAUUUUACUGAUUAUUGUUUACAUUGCAAAAACAUGAGAACCGAACCGAAUCGAUCCGGAUCCAACUAAAGCGCUUCUCGCAGCCCAACUUCCGAAAACAGAUUGGGUCAUUAUCUGCAGCUGGUCAGGAGACUGCAGACGAACUUUGUUUUGAUCGAGCUGGAAGCCAGGACCCUAAAUUCAUCGCACCAACGGGGGAAGAAGAUACCGAUAGGGGGUAACUAACGAUAGCUUAAAGACAUUACUUGUACCUGCUGAAAAUCGCAAAUUCCUCUGAGUCGCAAUUGUGUGGAGCGAGAUACCAGAGCAGCAAACGGCAUGGUUCUCAGAGGGAAGGAUACGAUGGGGAUCCCCGCCUAAGGAGUGUAGAAAGGCGGGCUUGGGAUACCCGGAGUUGCCGCGGCCUCCAAGGGAACCCUCCGUUGUCUACCUUGAGCUUCACAGCCCGCUGUCGUGUCUCGAACGUUAGCGACCAGCACGCGAGGGACGCGGCUGUGGAUGCGGCCUAGCCUGGGAGGGUCUGCCCAGCACCGGUGAAACAAGCUCCGGAGGAACGAGCAAAUCUUACAUUACACCAUGAUGGAAGAAUUGCACAGCCUUGACCCUCGACGGCAGGAGCUGUUGGAGGCUCGCUUCACCGGGGUCGGUGUGGCAAAGGGUUCAGGCCAGAGUCAAAAUGAAUCAUCCAAUCAGAGUCUAUGCAGUGUGGGCUCACUCAGUGACAAAGAGUUGGAAACUCCUGAGAAAAAGGCCAACGACCAGAGAGUGAGAAAACGCAAAGCAGACCACUUUGACAGCAGCCAAGGCAAAGCAGGUGCAAGAGGACAUAAAAUUAGCGAUUAUUUCGAGUUUGCGGGAGGUAGUGGUCCUGGUACCAGCCCUGCCAGGGGAAUUCCACCAGUGGUCCGCUCUUCCCCACAACACUCUCUCUCCAACCCUCCUGUCAUGGUGCAGCAAGGGAGCCCCUCCUCGGUCAGCUCGGCCAUCACGGAGCACUCCACAUGUCCAAUGAAGCCUGCCUCCCUGCUCGUGCUCCACAAAGCCACACAGUCUGACCUUACUAUAGAGAAACUAACCGCAAUGGAGAACAACAAGAACUCUGACCUGGAGAAGAAGGAGGGCCGAAUAGACGAUUUGCUGCGGGCAAACUGUGACCUUAGAAGACAAAUCGAUGAACAGCAAAGGAUGCUGGAGCGAUACAAGGAACGCUUAAAUAAGUGUGUGACCAUGUCCAAGAAGCUGCUGAUUGAAAAAUCCAAACAGGAGAAAAUGGCAUGUCGGGAUAAAAGUAUGCAGGAUCGGCUUCGUCUGGGCCACUUCACCACCGUAAGACACGGAGCAUCGUUCACUGAGCAGUGGACGGAUGGAUACGCCUUCCAAAAUCUUAUCAAACAACAGGAGAGGAUCAACUCUCAGCGAGAGGACAUCGAAAGACAGAGGAAGCUUCUGGCCAAACGCAAGCCGCCCUCCAUGGCCCAGACUCCGCCGCCAAGCCUGGAGCAAAACAAGCGCAAGAGCAAGACUAAUGGAGCAGAAAGUGAAACAUUAUCGCAGGCAGAGUACCACGAGCAGGAGGAGAUCUUUAAACUGAGACUAGGACAUCUUAAAAAGGAGGAAGCUGAGAUCCAAGCAGAGCUGGAGAGAUUGGAGCGAGUGCGAAAUCUUCACAUACGGGAGCUGAAAAGGAUCCACAAUGAGGAUAAUUCCCAAUUCAAAGAUCACCCUACGCUAAAUGACAGAUACCUGCUACUCCAUUUACUCGGGCGGGGAGGUUUCAGUGAAGUUUACAAGGCCUUCGACUUGACAGAGCAGAGAUAUGUCGCCGUUAAAAUCCAUCAGUUAAACAAGAACUGGAGGGAUGAGAAAAAAGAAAAUUAUCACAAGUUCUGUACAGUUCUGGAGUACUGCGAGGGCAACGACCUGGACUUCUACCUGAAGCAGCACAAGCUCAUGUCAGAAAAAGAAGGCCGCUCCAUCAUCAUGCAGAUAGUCAAUGCACUCAAGUACCUCAAUGAGAUCCGACCGCCAAUCAUCCACUACGACCUUAAACCCGGUAACAUCCUGCUCGUGAACGGCACCGCCUGCGGAGAGAUUAAGAUCACAGAUUUUGGCCUGUCUAAGAUCAUGGAUGACGACAGCUACAACUCGGUGGACGGGAUGGAGCUGACCUCACAGGGAGCGGGGACAUACUGGUACCUACCACCUGAGUGCUUCGUAGUUGGCAAGGAACCGCCUAAAAUAUCCAACAAGGUGGACGUGUGGUCGGUGGGAGUCAUUUUCUACCAGUGUUUGUACGGCCGCAAGCCGUUUGGCCACAACCAGUCCCAACAAGACAUCCUGCAGGAGAACACCAUCCUGAAGGCCACAGAGGUCCAGUUUCCUCCUAAGCCGGUCGUCACACCUGAAGCUAAGGCCUUUAUAAGGCGCUGUCUAGUCUACCGUAAAGAGGACCGGAUCGACGUGCACCAGCUGGCCAGCGACCCCUUCCUAAUGCCCCACAUCCGCAAGUCGGUGGCUUCCUCGGGGACCUCUGGCAUGGCGGUGGCUUCCACAUCCAGCUCCUCCAACAGCAGCGCCUCAAACUGAGCCCACACCCCUCAAGGAACUGACUUAAUUCGUUUGAAAGGGUGGGACGGGGUGGAGGCGAUCGCCUUUUUACUGCCCCCUCCUAACGGCAUCCACCUCACCACGAGGAGCUCACAGAGUCUGCUCCGCUGACGGCAAAGGGUGGAUGAGAAGUCACGGAAGGGUCGGGAAAGGAGACUGUUGUCCUCCAUCCGUCUGAUGUCCAUCCACCCCAGCCUACCUGCCCUGCUUUCUCAUAAGAGUGGCAUUGUUCUGGGGGUCAAAGCCCUGGAUGACUCGCAUAGCAGAGGGACGAGAUUUGGCACUGUGUUGACGAAAUGCGGGGUUUAGUGUCUUGGAUCUUUUUUCUUUUUUUCUGCUUAAAGAGAAAAUAAAAUUAAGUACAGGUCUGCUUUAGCUUGGCCAGAUGGAAAAUACAGCAGAAGGCCUACGCUCACACACACACACACACACACACAUACUCAAACACACACA